AUGGCUCUGACUCAGACUUCUCUCGAGGCUUCGCUUCCUCUCAUUGCUCGUGGCAAAGUGAGAGAUGUAUAUGCACUAUCAGAUGAUUCUAUACUUUUCGUUGCGACUGACAGGAUUUCUGCAUACGAUGUGGUUAUGACGAAUGGUAUUCCGAAUAAAGGCAAAUUACUCACUGCCCUCUCUGAAUUCUGGUUUUCUGUCUUAUCGGAUAUUUGCCCAAAUCACUUUAUCUCCUCUUCUCUAGAUGCUCUUCCAGAGUCACUUAAGCAAUAUGCGGACCAACUAAAGGACAGGAGCAUGGUCGUAAAGAAGUUGAAGGUCUUUCCCGUAGAGGCCAUUGUCCGGGGAUACAUUACCGGGAGCGCCUGGAAAGAAUACAAAAAAGAAGGAACUGUCCAUGGGAUUAAGGUGAAGGAAGGACUUAAAGAGAGCGAAAUGUUCGAGAAGCCAUUGUUCACACCUAGCACUAAGGCAGAACAAGGAGAACAUGAUGAAAAUAUUCACCCAGAUAGAGUGGCCGAACUGGUUGGUGAAAAGUACGCAAAGCAGAUCGAAGAGCUUGCUUUGGCUCUGUAUACAAAGGCCCGAGAUUACGCGGCCGAACGUGGGAUUAUAAUCGCUGAUACUAAGUUUGAAUUUGGGCUUGACGAGAAUGAUCGAGUAGUCUUAGUCGACGAAGUCCUUACCCCUGACUCCUCCCGGUUCUGGCUCGCCUCCAAGUACGAAGUUGGUAAAGGCCAAGAAAGCUAUGACAAACAGUACCUUCGCGAUUGGUUAACCAGUAACGGGGUUAAUGGGAAGCCUGGUAUUGAGAUGCCGGCGGAUGUGGCUAAAAAUACUAGCCUCAAGUAUCUAGAGGCGUACGAGCUGUUGACAGGAAAGAAAUGGAGUUCUGUUUAA